CUUCUUUUUAUUUUAUUUUGGUGGCAAUUUUAACUGACAUAUUCAUGUUGUAAUACUAGAUUAUCUACUAUUGUAAGUGUGACAGGUUUACUAAGUAGGUGACUGUACCAUCAUUAAAAUUCUAGAAUCGCCUUUCCACCUCUCCUCAGUUUUGUAACCGCUACGCAGAGAAACGCACGUACGCGGCUGUGUGCAGUACCUUGGUCACAAUAUUUUUCGAAAAAAUUGACAAUAGUUUUGGCGCGAGUUUAAUAAAAUUAAAAAGUUAUGGAGUGCUUAAGGAUUGUAUUGUUUACGCUCGUCCUAGUCCUCAGCCUGCUCAUCUCGGCAGAUUCAACGGUCCCGCAGCCAAGGGCACCUAACUUUCAGUAUUUUGAGAGGCCAAAAUACCGGUAUCCGUACUAUGACGAAAACGGACGAGGAAAGCUUCUCUACGGCUACGGAGGUCCAGAGCUGUACCAGUACAAGUCCUAUUCGCCCUUGGAAGGAAUCCAUUGACACCCAAACUCAUAAGUAGUUAAUUUGGUACAUCAUUUCGCCUCUGACUGCAAAGAGAUUUUAUAUCUAAAAGUAAGGAUGCUAAGUACGAAGACAAAUAAUAUGUAAUAGUAAUACCGUACAGAAAAUAAACUUCCUACAAAACCGAAGUUUGACAGCGAUUCAGGGUCGAAUCAUGUUGUCCCUUUUUUAUGUAUGGUACUAUCCCUUUCGGCUAUUUAGGGUUGUCCAAAUUCUUGCAUUAUCUUUAUCUGUGGUCGUACGCGCUAAGGGUCGUCCCGCUCUAAGCUCAAUUGCGGGCAUUUUUCUCUGUCGCUCUACUUGUCUUAGUGAGAGUAAAAGAGAAAGAUCCCAGCAAUUUGCAAAUUUCGGUUUUCGCGGUAGGCCCCCAGAACCGAACGGAGCCGAGAAAGCCCGAAAGAAACAGGGCUAUAACCGCGAAAAUCGAAGUUCGUCAAUUGCGGGCAUUUUUCUGUCACUCUUAUUACGUCUUAGUGAGAGUAAAAGGGAAAGAUCCUCGCAAUUUACGAAUUUCGGUUUUCGCCGUAGGCCUCCAGUUUCGCCCUCCUAACAUUGACCCGCCAAUUCCCAUCUCUUCGCAUAAUAAUAUUAGUCUCGCGCUCGCAUAGUGGCAUUGACCGCGGGCAUCAUGGCCGGGACAGCAUAAUAAUUAUUUGCGUUCAAUAGAGAUAGAAACAUAGGUCAAUGUGCGAAAUUCUUCACUGCUUUGCGUCCUUACUUUAUCCGGUAGCAGAACACUUGCUGCUGAUGAGCAGAGAACGGUAUAUCUCCGUCGAAAGGAUAAUUCUGAAUUUAUAAUAACCAACUCCCGAAGGUAUUAGAGUUCACGCUACGCUAAGUUUUCACGCCAACGGCUACGCCAACUUGGCGCUCCAGUUUAGAUAUAAUAUCACUGCCAAUUCCAAGUCCGUGGAAACUUAGCGUAGAUCGACAUGAUUGAACAUUUACUAUUUUACGUAAUUUAAAUUGUAUACAUUUAAAUAGGUACUUACGUAUUAUUAAAAUGUGUCUAUAAACCUUUAUGUACGUGAAUGAUUACGUGAUAAAUUGCUAGUAAUAUAAGGAUAUAAGGAAA